CUCGAACCGUGGCCGGAGGUGGGGAAAUGUCCGGUGUCCGUCGCGCAGAAAAGUGAAAAAUCGCCGAUCUUCAUACGCUAGGGGAGGGUAGGCGGAGAUGGUCGACGUCUGUAUCGCUGCUGCCUUGGGUGACACACAGGUGAACGCGGAAAACGUCACGUAUGCGAUCAACUAUAUCUCCGCUAUAUCGCAGAACAAGAACAUAUCGAUCAUUACUUGGUCUCAGAGCGGGUUGAUUACGCAAUGGGCGUUCAAGUGUUGGCCGUCGACACGGAAGGUAGUUUCGGAUUUCAUACCCAUUAGCCCGGAUUUCCAUGGAACUGUCAGUGCUUAUGCGCUUUGUCCUGGGUUUCGGAAGUUACCCUGUGAUCCGGCUAUCAUCCAGCAAGAGUACUCGUCGAAGUUUGUGCAGACGCUUCGAGAGGGUGGAGGAGAUUCGGCGUAUGUACCCACGACGACACUGUACUCCAUUUACGACGAGAUCGUGCAACCAACAAGUGGAACUGAUGCUUCCGCAUACCUCAAAAGCUCGGGUUUUGCUCAAGCGUCGAACAACGAGGUUCAGUCCUUAUGUCCUGGAAGACCUGCGGGAGGGUUCUACACGCAUGAAGGAGUGUUAUACAAUCCUAUCUCCUUUGCACUCAUUAGGGAUGCAUUGACUCAUGAUGGACCUGGUGAUAGCAGUCGGAUUGAUCUGGCCACGCUGUGUGAUUUGGUUGCGGCGGAUGGGUUGAGUUUGAACGAUGUUUUGGCGACUGAAGGGUUAAUUCCGUUGGCGGUCGUGAAUGGUUGUAUUGUACGAGCCGAAGAUUUUCGAGGAACCGGAACUCAAAAGCUAUGCACUAUAGGAGAUGUGUACGCGGUAGAACAAGGGGAAGCAAUUGGUGGGGAGGCUGCUCAACUACCUUCCGCAACCACCUGACCGUAAUUCCAAUACCUCGACCUCUAAUCUACUAUUUCCCAUACGCAGCAUACUGCCCAAACUGCGGCCUCCUCCCCACAC